CCUGAUGGACAGCUCAUGGCUGCUUGGCCGGGCCACCCAGCCCACCCAAGGGUCACUCACGACGCACCAAAGAAACGCUCCCAAGAUUUAAGGUGGAUUCCUGGGCCACUCAAACCGUGGCUUGAAGGCUACCGAUUGCAACCCUGCAGCAGCCACAGCGGGCACCGGCCAGGGCAGGAGGCCACUGCCCACGCCCGGCCACCGCGGCGGCGGCUGCGGCCCCGGGGCAGCCACGUUGGAUUCAAAAGCACCGGAAACAGCAGCUCCCACUUGGGGCGCUGCGGACACACGAGUCAAGGCUGCCUUCCAGGAAGCAAACAAAAAAAUAAAAAAAAGAAGGAAAAAAAAAAAAGGGCGAAGAAAGAAAAAGGAGGGCGAGUGGCGAGCAGGGGCCGCGGCCGCCGCCCACCACGCCGCGCCCCGCCUCGCGCUCGUCCCGGGCGCCGUGCUCGGCCCCUCGGCCGUCCCCGGUGGCCCAGGCCUCGGACCCCCGCGGCCGGCGCGGCCGCAGCCCCGCUGGCCGGCGCCCUCAGGGAUCAUGGCCCAAGUCGCGAUGACCACGCUGCCCAUGGAACACAAGUCCUCGGAGAGCAGGAUGGUGGUGACAUUCCUGAUGUCAGCCCUGGAGUCCAUGGUGUGGCCCAAGGGCUGAGCGACAGGAAGCCGCCAGGCCCUGUGAACGGGACGCAGGUGCCCUCGGGAGAAACGGAAAUACUCAGGAAAGCCGUCGAGGACUAUUUCUGCUUCUGCUACGGUAAGGCCCUGGGGACGGAGGCCAUGGUGCCUGUGCCCUACGAGCAGAUGCUUCGAGACCAGGCAGCCGUGCAGGUGCAGGGGCUCCCCGCAGGCGUCACCUUUCAACACCCCAGGAGUUACGAUCUCGCCACCCUGAAAUGGAUUUUGGAGAACAAAACAGGGAUUUCCUUCAUCAUCCACAGACCCUUCCUGGGUCCCGAGAGCCAGCCAGGUGCUCCUGGCACCGUGCCCGAUGCCGAGAGAGCCAUGCCGGCAGCAAACAGAAGCUCUGGUGACCCCAUCAAUGUGAAAACCGAACCCAUGGAAGAUUCUGGCAUCCCACGGGCAGCGGCGGAUGUGUCUAUCAAAAAAGAAUCGGAAGAUCCCAGCUACCACGAAUGUCACGCGCAAGGGGGCCUCCAUUCUUCCACAGGCCGCGAAGUAAUGGAAAUGGAAUUACCAAUGGAAGAUUCUACUCAGCCGGUCCCUCCAGAAAGAAACAAGGACCCCGAAGCGGACGUGAAAAUGGAAGACACACACUCAUCCAGCAUUGGAAAUUCUGCAGCAGGCGUGGAAGAGCUGAACAUUGUUCAGGUCCCUGUCCCAGACAAUGAGAAACAGAGAGUGUCAAGCAUCGAAAAGAUUAAACAGCUAAGAGAACAAGUCAAUGACCUCUUUAGCCGAAAAUUUGGUGAAGCGAUCGGCGUGGAUUUCCCCGUGAAGGUCCCCUACAGGAAGAUCACCUUCAACCCUGGCUGCGUGGUGAUUGAUGGCAUGCCCCCGGGGGUGGUGUUCAAAGCCCCUGGCUACCUGGAGAUCAGCUCCAUGCGGAGGAUCUUGGAUGCCGCCGAGUUCAUCAAGUUCACGGUCAUCAGGCCGCUGCCUGGACUUGAACUGAGUAACGUGGGGAAGCGGAAGAUCGACCAGGAGGGCCGCGUGUUCCAGGAGAAGUGGGAGCGGGCGUACUUCUUCGUGGAGGUGCAGAACAUGCCCACGUGUCUGAUCUGCAAGCAGAGCAUGUCUGUGUCCAAGGAGUACAACCUGCGGCGCCACUACCAAACCAACCACAGCGAGCUCUACGACCAGUACACGGAGCAGAUGCGCGACGCCAAGCUGCGGGAGCUCAAAAGGGGGCUGCGCCGGGGGCUGCGCCAGUACCUGCUGGGGGCGCCCGAGGCCGCGGGGCCAGCCGGGGCCGGGGCCGGGGGCGGGGCCGGCGGGGCGGGGGUGCCACCAGCGCCGCCUGCCGAGGACGUAGCUGCUGGCUGUGAGAGAAGCUGCGGGGAGAAGAUCCGGGCGUCCGUGGCCUACUCGAUCGCCAUCGACGAGAUCACGGACAUCAACAACACCCCGCAGGUGGCCCUGUUCAUCCGCGGCGUGGACGAGAACCUGGAGGCCUCGGAGGAGCUGCUGGACACGGUGCCCGUGACCGGCAGCAGGUCGGCGCAGGAGACGUUCGUGCGCGUGGAGAAGAGCCUGAAGAAGUUCAACAUCGACUGGUCCAAACUGGUGAGCGUGGCGUCCACGGGCACGCCGGCCAUGGUGGACGCCAGCGACGGGCUGGUCACCAAGCUGCGGUCCAAGGUGGCCGCGAGCCGCGGAGAGGGCUCGGAGCUGAAGUCGGUGUGUUGCAUCAUUCACCCGGAGUCGCUGUGCGCCCGCAAGCUGCAGAUGGACCACGUCAUGGAGGUGGUGGUGAGCUCAGUGAACUGGAUCUGCUCGCGGGGCCUGAACCACGGCGCCUUCAGCACCCUGCUCUACGAGCUGGACAGCCAGUACGGCAGCCUCCUCUACUACACCGGCAUCAAGUGGCUCAGCCGCGGGCUGGUGCUCAAGCGGUUCUUCGAGUCCCUGGAAGACAUCGACUCCUUCAUGUCGUCCCGCGGCAAGCCGCUGCCCCAGCUGAGCUCGGGGGACUGGAUCAGAGACCUGGCCUUCCUGGUGGACGUGACCACGCACCUCAACACGCUGAGCCUGGCCCUGCAGGGCCACUCGCAGCUCGUCACGCAGAUGUACGACCUCAUCCGGGCCUUCCUGGCCAAGCUGUGCCUGUGGGAGACGCACCUGGCCCGGAACAACCUGGCCCACUUCCCCACGCUGAAGUCAGUGUCCAGGAGCGAGCGGGACGGGCUGAGCUACCUGCCCAAGAUCGCCGAGCUGAAGGCGGAGUUCCAGAGCCGGCUGGCCGACUUCCAGCAGUGCGAGAGCGAGCUGGCCCUGUUCCGCGCGCCCUUCUCGGUGACGGUGGACUGCGUGCGGGAGGACCUGCAGCUGGAGGUCAUCGACCUGCAGUGCAACACCCUGCUCAAGGCCAAGUACGACAAGGUGGGGGUGCCCGAGUUCUACAGGCACCUGUGCAGCAGCUACCCGAGGCUCCGGGCCCACUGCGCCAAGGUCCUCUCCAUGUUCGGGAGCACCCACAUCUGUGAGCAGCUCUUCGCCAUCAUGAAACUGAGUAAGACGGAGUACUGCUCCCAGCUCAAGACAGCGCCCUGGGACUCCGUGCUCCACGUGGCCACGUAAGGUAGGACGCCCCAGCCCCGCGUGGCGGAACCCUGGGCGUCGGGUCGCAAAAGGAGAAAAUCCACUACGAGGCAGCCCCAUGCUUAUUUGUUGUUGUUGUUAAUUUUUCCCCACUUGGAAAUGUCAUUAUUUGCGGUACCAGGCCUGUCUGUAUGAUGCGUUAUGCCUCCUCUUAGUUCAGUAAAAAUCCAGAGAGGUUUAGUUGUUUCUCCGCGAGGUGACAGC